AGACAUUUCUCGACGCGAUGAUGCUCAGACACAGAUCCUCUCUGGGUCGGUCUACCAGGUCGUUCUGGUCGUCGGCAGCAUGUCACGACAAACUUGUCAUGAACAAGUAUAGUCGGGUUGUUACCCAACCAAAAGACCAAGGUGCCAGCCAGGCCAUGCUUUACGCGACGGACGAGAUCUCAUCUGACGAAGACUUCAACAAGGCAAUGGUUGGAGUUGCCAGUGUCUGGUACGAAGGGAACCCAUGCAACAAACACCUGUUGGGUCUCGGACAGGAAGUCAAGGCGUCCUUGCAAAAAGCAGGUCUCAUCGGGUACCAGUUUGGUACUGUCGGCGUCAGCGAUGGCAUUAGCAUGGGCACAAGCGCAAUGUCUUAUUCCCUCCAAUCACGCGACCUUAUUGCCGACCAGGUGGAGACCGCCGCCGGUGGGCAUCAUCUCGACGGGAUGGUUGUAAUACCCGGCUGUGACAAAAAUAUGCCCGGUGUCUUAAUGGCUCUUGGGCGUCUUAAUCGCCCUGGUCUUAUGGUGUAUGGUGGAACUAUUCGAGCAGGCUCGUGUGAGGGUGCUCCCCAACUGGAUAUCGUUUCCGCAUUUCAGGCGUAUGGCAAGUAUCUGCAGGAUGGAAUGACACCCGCAGCCGAAAAUGAGCGAUACAACACCGUCCGGUACGCGUGUCCUGGUCCUGGAGCUUGUGGUGGUAUGUACACUGCGAACACGAUGGCUAGCGCGUCAGAAGCUAUGGGCAUGACUCUUCCCGGAUCUUCAUCUUUCCCCGCUGAAUCUCAAGACAAACACGAGGAAAUAGCCUCCGUGGGAUCAGUCAUGUACAGCUUGAUCUCGAAGAGCAUACUUCCGCGGGAUAUUAUGACACGCUCCGCUUUUGAAAAUGCGAUGGUCUUAACAAUGAUUCUUGGUGGUUCAACUAAUGCCGUCCUGCAUCUGAUUGCUAUCGCUCAUUCAGUCGGCAUCACCCUCACCAUUGAUGACUUCCAGGCAGUCUCAGAUCGCACGCCCUUCCUCGCUGAUAUCAAACCUAGCGGAAAGUAUGUUAUGGAGGACGUGUACAAAGUCGGUGGUAUUCCUAAGGUUCUCGCGUUUCUCCUUAAGAACAAACUUAUUGACGGGAACAAUAUGACCGUCACGGGCCGUACUCUCGGAGAAAAUCUCGACCGAUGGACGCACAAAUAUGGCGAGUUGGAUUCGACACAGGACGUUAUCCGGCCUUUGGACAAACCUAUCAAGUCAACAGGGCAUCUUAGGAUACUGCGAGGAAAUCUCGCUCCGGGAGGUGCGGUUGCCAAGAUAACAGGUAAAGAAGGACUCGGUUUCACCGGUAAAGCUCGGGCAUUCGACAAUGAAAACGACUUCAUCCGCGCUGUGGAGAGCGGUUCUAUCAAAAAGGGUGAUAAGACGGUGGUCAUUCUCAGGUAUCUAGGACCCAAGGGUGGACCUGGUAUGCCCGAGAUGCUAAAGCCGACGAGCCUCAUCAUGGGUGCUGGCCUAGGGCUUGAUGUGGCGUGUCUAACGGACGGACGCUUCAGUGGGGGAUCUCACGGAUUCUGUAUUGGCCAUGUUGUUCCAGAAGCUCAGGUGGGCGGGCCUAUUGCCUUUGUCCGAGAUGGCGAUGUCAUUUCCGUCGACGCCGUGAAAAAUACAAUUGAGCUCCAUGUCUCGGCUGAAGAGCUGGAGGAGAGGAAAAAGGACUGGGUGCCACCUCCGUUGAAGGUGUCACAGGGAACGCUGUACAAGUACGUUAAGACAGUAAUGGAUGCCAGUCGGGGCUGUAUUACAGACUCGUAAGUUGUUUACGAGUGUCAAACUAUGAAAGUGUAUUUUCGUUAUAAUGGUCUUCUGGCUCGAUGCAACGUGUUGUACAUUGUAAACUGAGGACGAAUAUG